UCCAAAACUGAAAAAGGUUGUAACUUGUAAUAAGAAUUAUUAUUAUUAGCUCGAAAAUUGUGUGAUCUGAGAUUUGAUCCCUCGAUUUCACAAAAAACCCUUAUAAAAAAUCAAUCGUAAAAAAGCCAAAAACUGAAAAACCCAGAUUUGUUUUUCCCUUAAAUUCUUCAACUUAUUUUUUUUUUCAUAAUUGAGCUGCAUCUGAGUUCGAUUUGGGUGGCUCCCCAAUGAUUUUGGGGGGAAAGUGGGUGUUUUGCUGUUUGAGUUAUUGUUUUUUAAACUAAUGUAGUUAUAGCCUCUCUUUUUUUCAUUUUAUAUUCUUUUUUUUUUUUGAAGUUUUAAUGAAAGGGGUGAAAUUGGGUUUUUGAUAAAGAAGAUAAUGAGUGGAGGGUCAUUGGGGAUUCGUUCAGGGAGCUAUGGAUCACUGGAUAAACAAGGGCUGAAUGGUGUUUUGCCCAUUCAAGCGGCUUCAGCUACAAGAACUAAGGCUUAUUCUAAAAUGUUGAAAGAAAAAGAAACAUUGAUUCAUUGGAUCUGUAAGUUUGCUGGUCGGAAGAAGGUUGGGAUGUUGCUUCUUUGUGUCAUCUCAGCUGCCGUUUUUAUUUGGGUCGUAUAUUUUGGUGAAGAUCAGGAGAAUGACAAUGGCUCUAAGGUAAAUGAUAAUUUGGCCCUAAAUAAUCCCUUGAUAAAUGUAGUGCAAAGUAUCCGGAUCGACAAUUGGACAUCUUUAGCAGUUAGUGUGAAAGAAACCAAAGUUGGAGUAAUGCACCCUCCUCCUCCAUCUUAUUUUCUCGGCUACACUCUUCCUCCGGGGCAUCCAUGCAACACUUUUACUUUACCCCCUCCACCAGCAGACAAAAAAAGAACUGGACCACGUCCUUGUCCUGUAUGUUAUCUUCCCGUGGAGGAAGCUGUUGCCUUGAUGCCAAAAGUCCCAUCGUUUUCUCCUGUUAUUAAAAAUUUAACAUAUAUUUUUGAGGAAAAUUUAAAUAGAGAAACGGAAUUUGGAGGUUCCGACUUUGGUGGGUAUCCUACUUUGAAGCAGCGUAAUGAUUCAUAUGACAUAAGAGAGUCAAUGAAUAUGCAUUGUGGAUUUGUCAAAGGAUGCAAACCUGGCCGUGGGACAGGAUUCGACAUCUAUGACAGUGAUCUUCUCGAGAUGGAGCAAUGUAAUGGAGUCGUUGUUGCAUCAGCAAUAUUCGGAGCUUUUGAUGUCAUACAACAGCCGAGGAAUAUUAGUGAAUAUUCCAAGCAAACUGUCUGCUUCUAUAUGUUCGUUGAUGAAGAAACGGAAGCUGAUUUGAAAGGGAAGUAUGAGAAUAAUAAGAUUGGAGUAUGGAGAAUUGUUCUUGUACGUGAUCUUCCUUACACUGACGGAAGGCGGAAUGGAAAGAUCCCGAAGCUUCUACUACAUAGGCUAUUUCCGAAUGCUCGUUAUUCUUUAUGGAUUGAUGGGAAACUUGAGCUUGUUGCUGAUCCGUAUCAAAUACUUGAGAGGUUCUUGUGGAGGAAAAAUGCUACCCUUGCAAUUUCUCGGCAUUAUAAACGCUUUGAUGUGUUUGUUGAAGCUGAGGCAAAUAAAGCUGCAGGCAAAUAUGAUAAUGCCUCGAUUGAUCAUCAAGUUGAAUUUUAUAAAAGAGAGGGCUUGACACCAUAUUCCGAGGCUAAACAUCCUAUUACGAGCGAUGUUCCUGAAGGAUGUGUGAUUAUAAGGGAGCAUAUUCCGAUUAGCAACCUCUUUACUUGUCUUUGGUUCAACGAAGUUGACCGUUUUACUUCCCGAGACCAAAUUAGUUUUUCAACCGUAAGGGAUAAGAUUGCGGCAAAGACGAAUUGGACUGUCAAUAUGUUCUUGGACUGCGAAAGGCGCAACUUUGUCAUUCAGAAAUACCAUAAGGAUGUUUUAGCCCUAUUGGCUCAAAGGGCUCCUCCGGUCAUUUAUCCUUCACAAAGGAAGGUCCCACCAAGACGUAGAAGAGAUAGGAAGUCAGGCGCUAGACAUCAUCGUAAAGUUAGUAAGGAAAUAGUUUAAUGUUAUAACCAGUUGUCUAAAAAUCAAAAUUUACCAUUCUUUUUCCUUCCCCACUUUUUUGGAACAUUCAUGGCGGGGCUUGGAAUAUCAUUCAAGAGUGUUGUAAUUUUUGCUCAAAAAAAAAAAAAAAAAAAGAAACAAUGCGAUUCAUCCAUUUUUGUUUCUUUUAACUUUUACCUUGUGUAUUUUCAUCGACCAAUAAUCUUAUUAAAAAAAAGUUAAUUUCUGCUA